AUGGUGAUCGAGGCCACGCAGAGGACCCUGAUCAAGUUCAGAGCUAUGGGGAUAGCCACGAAUCGACUUCAUUCAGACCGUGCCAAGGAACUGUUGAGUCGACAAAUGCGCAAGUGGUGCGCAACAAUGGGCAUCUUGCAGACGUUCACGGCCGGUGAUGACCCGGCCUCCAACGGCCACAUCGAGUCCGAGGUGACCCAGGCAGCGAUGGACGAGGGCACGUAUGAUGUGACGCGGCCGCCCAUCUUGGUCACCAGCGAAGGUCUGCGGGUACUACGCCCUGAAGAGGUCACCACCAGCGAAGGCACCACCGGUGAAGCAGCCACCAGUGCCGGCACAGCGGGGCUAUGGAAGUGGGGCUUCAGCGAGUUCAUCUUCGAGGCCAAGCCAGGCGGCUGCGCGUGGACAAGCGGCAUUGACGGCUUCGAAGGUGGCCCAAUGGCUCAACCUACCAUGGAGAGGCGACAGCAAGCAGCCACCGAUCGGCCUUGGCACCGGCCGGGGAAAGCUCCACCGACCAUGCUGAUGAGGCCUACUGGUGGCAUGAUGGAUGACCAGGUGGAGUUUCAGGAUUCCGUCUUUUGGACUCCGCAGGUGUUGGACGCCGUGCAGGACGUCAUCGAGGAAGAGGCUCUCUUCUACAAGCCGGUUCACAAGAGUGACAAGUGGGACUACAUUGACAUGGAUGGUGUCCGCUGGCUCAUCAGGUACCAUGGUGGCACCAGAGUGCAAAGGUUCCAUCCGGAACAUCGCAGCUGCCCUGAGCAGAUCACAGAUCUGGAGUUCAUGCGCGUCACUUUCGCAUGGAAGGGGCAGGAUUGGAACCGCAAGGUGCUGAUCGACAGCGAUUGGAGGCGAAGUGAGAUCCAAGGCCCGGGAGGCUGGAUCGGCUACUCACUCUUUUUGAUCCGCUCCGGACCAAGGAGCAUGUAG